CGCGCCUCAUCCUCGAGCGAGGCGAGCGCGCGCGUGGCCCUCGACGACGUGACCCGAGCCCCCAUAGUCAAAGCCAAUAAUUCCAUUCCCAAUUCCCUACUCGCCAUCGCCAUUGGCGGGCUGGAGCAACCCUUGUCAAACUUCUCCACCCCACAUCGCAAAUUAAAUUCCCUCUCGCCUGUCGCCCGCUAGCUCUGCCUCAUCCUCCCAUACGCCGUCUCGCCCGGCGCAAAGUUUAUAAUCCCGGCGCGAGAUCGAGAUCGAGAGAGGCGCCGAGGGUGCAUCGUGCAUGGUUUAAUUUGUGGCGCGACUGCGGGAGCCGGAGAGCGAGCGUGUUAAAUAUGGGCAUCCUGGAUCACUCGGAGGAGGAGGAGGAGGAGGGGAGCCACUGCGGCGGAGGCGCGAGGUUUGGGGCGCGGCGGCAGAAGCCGAGGUCCAAGAGCCACCACCAGCUGCUGCUCAUGGACAGCGUCGGCGGGGGCAAGGCCGGCGCGGACGGGGAGUGCGCGUCGGAGGAGGAGGAGAUCGUGCCGCUGCCGGAGUACGAGCGGCUGUCCCAAUCCGCGCGCCUCCCGGACGACGACCGGGCUGGCGCCGAGGACCCGCCUCCCCCGGCCGAGCGGGGCGCGUCCCUGACGCCCCCGCCGCGGCAGCAGCAGAAGCCGGCGGCGUGGAGGCUGCUCCAGUACGUGCGGUCCAUGCACAGGUCGUCGGCGGGGGUCGUGGUCGCCGGCGCGUACUGCGGCGGCUCGUCGGACGGCGACUCCAAGAGCUCCGACGGCGAGAAGGAGGGGGUCGACGGCGAUGGAGAUGAGGAGGGGAGGAAGGAGAAGGAGCAGCGGAAGAAGAAGCGCUCCUCGUGGCUGCCGGACCCCGACCGCCGGUGGCCGGUGCAGGGGUUCUACUAGGGUGCAGGUCUUCGCCGUGUGUCGUGGACUUGUCGUCGCGUUUAAUUCUCUUCGUUGAUUCGACUACUACGUGCUGUGUCUGACGUGUCACCUACUCUGUGUCUUCGCUGAUCUUGUUCAGGUUUGUUUCCUUUCCCUUUCCUCGUGGUUUCGAUGUCGUUGACGAUGAGCAGCAAAAUGAUGGCUACUCCUCUAUCUACAUUGGCUUUCCUUC